AUUUGAGAGCCUUCCCAUGGUAAGCUUCAUGACCAGCCGUAUGAAAUCACUGAAAUACCUGGAUAUCAGCAGCAACUUGCUGCGUCACGAUGGGGCUGAUGGGCAAUGCCAAUGGGCCGAGUCUCUGACGGAGUUGGACCUCUCCUCAAAUCAGCUGACGGAUUCCGUGUUUGAGUGCUUGCCAGUCAACGUCAGAAAACUCAGCCUACAAAACAAUCAGAUCACGGGUGUCCCCAAGGGGAUGGCUGAGCUGAAAUCCUUGGAAGAGCUGAACCUGGCGUCGAACCGGCUGGCUGACCUGCCGGGGUGCGGUGGCUUUCCGUCCCUGGCGUUCCUGAACGUAGAGAUGAAUCUGAUCCUCACCCCACCCGCCGACUUCUUCGAGAGCUGCCCGAGGGUCAGGGAGCUGCAAGCCGGGCACAACCCGUUCAAGUGUUCCUGUGAGCUGCAAGACUUCAUGCGCCUGGAGAGGCGGUCUGGGGGGAAGCUGUUUGGCUGGCCGGCAGCGUACCUGUGCGAGUACCCGGAAGACCUGCGAGGGACGCAGCUGAAGGACUUCCACCUGACGGAGCUGGCUUGCAACACAACGCUCUUGCUUGUGACAGCUCUGCUGCUGACGCUGGUGCUGGUGGCUGCCGUGGCCUUUCUGUGCAUCUACCUGGACGUGCCGUGGUACGUGCGGAUGACGUGGCAGUGGACGCAGACCAAGCGGAGAGCGUGGCACAACCACCCUGAGGAGCAGGAGACCAUUCUGCAGUUCCACGCGUUCAUUUCCUACAGCGAGCGCGAUUCGCUGUGGGUGAAGAACGAGCUGAUCCCGAACCUGGAGAAGGGGGAGGGCUGCGUGCAACUGUGCCAGCAUGAGCGGAACUUUAUCCCUGGCAAGAGCAUCAUGGAGAACAUCAUUAACUGCAUUGAGAAGAGCUACAAGUCCAUCUUUGUGUUGUCUCCCAACUUUGUGCAGAGCGAGUGGUGUCACUAUGAGCUGUACUUUGCCCAUCACAAAUUAUUCAGUGAGAAUUCCAACAGCUUAAUCCUCAUUUUACUGGAGCCGAUCCCUUCGUAUAUUAUCCCUGCCAGGUAUCACAAGCUGAAGGCUCUCAUGGCAAAGAGAACCUACCUGGAGUGGCCAAAGGAACGGAGCAAGCAUGCCCUUUUCUGGGCUAACCUGAGGGCUGCUAUUAACAUUAAC